GCUGAAGGAUCUUGUUUAGUUUGAGUUCAGGUGAAGGUGACGCCUGCGUUAAACCAUGCUUGUACUGCAGCACAAGUCAGGGAGAACUGCUGGUGAUGGUGGUGGGUGUUUUAGUACUUGCAACAAAAAUAAUUACACUUAGGCAGAAUUUACCUGCUUUCUUAUCUUUGGCAGUUCAAAGCCCCCUUGCCAUUUACAGCAGAUGGGCUGGUUUGCCUUUUCUCCCAGCACUCAUUAGCAAGAUAAGACAGAAGAGGCCUGGGAUGUGGAGAUAAGGGAGCAGUGAACAUACUGGUCCUGGAGGCUGUGCUGGAGGACACGAUGCUGAACGGCUGGUUCUGCAGGCAGGGGAGCAGUACAGAAUGUCCUGCUGCCACGGGCAAGGCUGGUGCUCCUGACCAGCAGUCCUUUCAGUGUGCUCGCAGCGGGAGAUGUGCGAGGUGCCAGCGCUGUCCGGCUGCACCAGCAGGUCUGGGAAGGCACUGUGCCCCCCGACACCUCUCUUUGAGGUUCUGUUACAGCUUAGAAGUGAGAUCCACGAGACUCCUCUAAGAUGUCUUACAGAAAGGAGCUAGAAAAAUAUCGAGACCUAGAUGAAGAUCAGAUCCUUGGAGCUCUGACGGAAGAGGAGCUCAGGAAGUUAGAGAAUGAACUGGAAGAACUGGAUCCUGACAAUGCACUGUUGCCAGCAGGGCUCAGGCAGCGGGAUCAGACGCAAAAGCCACCAACUGGCCCAUUCAAAAGGGAAGAGCUCAUGGCCCACCUAGAACAGCAGGCAAAGGACAUUAAAGACAGAGAAGACCUGGUUCCUUUCACGGGGGAAAAGAGAGGAAAAGCUUGGAUUCCCAAGCAGAAGCCAAUGGAUCCCGUUUUGGAAAGUGUGACUCUGGAGCCGGAGCUGGAGGAAGCCCUUGCUAAUGCCUCUGAUGCAGAGCUCUGUGACAUUGCUGCCAUCCUUGGCAUGCACACCUUGAUGAGUAACCAGCAGUACUAUGAGGCACUGGGGAGCAGCACCAUCGUGAACAAAGAAGGACUCAACAGCGUGAUUAAGCCCACACAGUACAAACCAGUUCCUGAUGAGGAGCCAAACUCAACAGAUGUGGAGGAAACUCUGAAACGAAUACAGAGCAAUGAUCCUGACCUUGAGGAAGUCAACCUUAACAAUAUUAUGAAUAUUCCUAUACCAACCCUAAAAGCUUUUGCGGAAGCGCUGAAAAACAACGCAUACGUGAAGAAGUUCAGCAUAGUUGGAACCCGCAGCAACGAUCCUGUUGCUUUUGCCCUGGCAGAAAUGUUGAAGGUCAAUAGCACACUGAAGAGCCUGAACGUGGAGUCAAACUUCAUUUCUGGGUCUGGGAUCCUGGCUAUUGUCGAAGCACUCGAGGACAACACAUCACUCGUGGAGCUGCGCAUUGACAACCAGAGUCAGCCCUUGGGCAACAAAGUAGAAAUGGAAAUCGCAAAUAUAUUGGAAAAGAACACCUCCUUACUGAAGUUUGGGUACCAUUUCACCCAGCAAGGUCCCCGGCUUCGCGCCUCCAAUGCCAUGAUGAGUAACAACGACCUGGUGAGGAAGAGAAGACUUGCAGAGGUGAAUGGGCCUAUUUUUCCUAAGUGCCGAACUGGAGUGUAGUUCCUGGCUAUGGAGGUCAUUCCCAGUGGUCUGUGCUACACUGUGGAAAUCUAAAGGCAAUAAGUGCCUCGACAGAGUAUUUGUGGUGCCUCUGUUCUGUUUUAUGCACUAACAGUUGAAAUUAAAUAGUGGCUGUAGUUUUUAUGAAGAUUUUAUCCAGUAGGACUGUUGAUGUUUUCUGUAGAGUUGGAAACUAUUCAAGCCAACGUGUCAAUUUAAUGCAACCUCAAUUUAGAGUACAAUCCAGAGUUAAAGGGGAUUAAUUUUUCUAUAACUUUCCUGCACGGUGUUUCAUAAAGUUAGGAUGUGGUAUGCAUGAGUGAAAGAUACAAUUGUUUCACACAAAUUAUAGAAGUAUUAAAAAAAUACUUUUAUUUUA